CACAGCCUGCAACACGCUUCUUGAAACAGAAUACUCAAAAACAUCCUUGUCCCUGUCCCAUCAAUCGCAGAACCGGGUUCUUUUGCUAUCAUGCCACUCGAAACGCACAAAACACAGUCUGACGACCCGCAAAUCUGGCAGAAGUCAACAAGAAGAAUACUCGACUUGUCUCAAGUCUUUCUCGGCCGCCGGGAAGUCCGAAUGACGCGGAAUCCUUCAGCACCGUGUAACAUCAAGGGUCCCCAUGAUGAGGCGGUGACUACAACAGCAAUGCCAAAUCCUAUUUCCACGUGGGUCUGUUGCGGUACAGGCACGAGCAGAGCUUCGAUGCCACGCGUUGUAGUUAGCCUACCUCGUUUGCCAGGAUGUUUGGAGUGCUUAGAUGAGCUUUGCGAAAGAUCCGAGAUUCGCUGACCGCAACUGCCGAUGUUCAAAGAGCGGUGUUCAUUCGCCUCUCGGCUUGUAGGUCCAUGUGGACGUUAUCUGGUUGCAUUUUGCCAGACGCUGGUACAUACGUUCAGGAUCGUACGCAUGUUCACGGGAUACUCAAGUCUUAACGUUCAUCUCUGUUGUCCAGCAGGCACCAUCUGCGGAAAUUUCACUUC